AUGUCUCCCACUACAAGGCCUACGAUCCUUCUCAUCCACGGCGCAUGGCACCGCUCAUGCGCCUGGAACCAUCUGAUACCUGAUCUGGAAUCUCUCGGGUACUUCACUGCGACAGUGGACCUACCAUCAACAUCUGGCAUACCGGGCAAGACGCAGCUCGACGAUGUGAACCAUGUACGAGUAACCUUGGAACAGAUGAUAGCAGAGAAGAAAGAGGUUGUUGUUUUGGCGCACUCAUACGGUGGACCCAUUGGAUGCGGAGGCAUUGUCGGGCUAUCUGCCCAAGAACGAGACCAAAAGAAUCUUCCAGGCGGAGUCGUAGGAUUCAUCAAUCUUUGCGGCUAUAUCUUCCCUGGCGGUAUGGAUCAGGGCGCCGUCAUUGAAAGUGUCGGCGGUCUCCCAUACGUGACCUGGGACACACCCUCGCCAGGACUGUUUGUCGCUAAGGAUCUCGGUGGCCUAUUAUACCAGCCAGACGUUCCGAAAGAUCUUGCGGAUUGGGCUUUAUCGCAAUUGCAGCCGCAGAGCAUGGCUGCUAAUAUGGGAAUUGUUCCUCCCCAGGCAUGGCAGGAUGAUUCGUACCGAGGUCGUUUGGGUUAUAUCAAAGCAACAGCGGAUGUUGUCAACCUUCUUACCGAUCAGGAAAACAUGAUUGCUCAGAGCGGAGGGAGCGAUAAGUGGAUCACUCGGAUUCUGGAGGGAUCAGGUCACAGUCCGAUGUUAUCACGUCCUGAAGAGCUGGCACGGGUAGUUGACAGCUUGAUUCAAGACUUCCAGAAAAAUACUAUCUAG